UAACGGGCGCGUAGUUUUUUACAAUGAUGGAAAUAAAUGCAUUGUUAUACUUUGCUUGCUAUUCUCAAUAGUUGUUUCAAGUCUAACACCUAGUUGCCAAGCCUGCUAUCAUCAGAGAGGGGAAAACAAUAAAAGCAAAAAAAAUUGUAAUAAAGCUUACAAACUAGAUAUCAAAAGCUUACAAACUAGAGAGUAGAGAAAGACUCAUGCUCGCUUGAAUUACUAUUGAAUCUCGUUUUGAAUGCACGAAUGUCGCAACUGCGGAUAAAACAGGUGCCUGAUGGCUUGGGAUCGGCUUGGCAGUCUACGUUUUUCAAAAAUGGCGCGCCUUUUCCAAAGGAGAAUUUGACCUUUGAUUGAAUUUUAUAUAUACCACCUCCCUCCUUUGCCGUAUUUGUUCCUUAUCCGUCCCUGGAAUGUCUUAUUUCCAACUACGACUUUUGCUUUGGUAUUAAUACCCAGAUUUCUUGUACUUAGCCGAGGCUUGAGUACCCUGCAAUCAUUUUUCUCGAAUUUGACAACAAAUCUAGCUGUGGGAAGGGUUGAUUUGUUCAUUCUCCCGCCAUAUGCUGUACAUUCAUGUAGAAAAUUAGAAGCAUUGUUUCCCAUUCCCUAAUGACUUUGCAGGUUAUUGUCAAAGCUGAACACCCUUUCAAGUCGACUAGCUUUAGAAACCUAUUCCCUAGAGGUGUGUAUGGAGAUACCCUGCAAAUCUGCAAACUGCAUUCAUAUUGUUGUGUAGUUGCAACAAGCUAAAAGCAAUACGAUAUGAAAGAGAAACUUAGGCAUGAAAAUGGUAGCAGAUUUGAUAAUAAAGAUUCGAAAUGUAGUUGAACUUCAAGAGUUCGACCUUCGUCGAACUCUGGGAGCUGGAGGCUUCGGCACAUGUUACGAGGCUGACUUUCACGGACAGCAAGUUGCGUUGAAGAAAAUCAAUCGAACGGCGAAAGCAAAAGCUGCAGCGCAGAGUUUUAAGUCUGAAACGCUUCCGGAGAUCUACGGAUUUACGCAUAGGAAUAUUGUGAGGCUCAUUACAGCAUCUAAUCCAAAUGCAGAAGAGCGAUUUAUUGUGCAGGAGUUUAUCGAGGGAAGGAAUUUACAGCAAGUUAUCGACGACAACGAUGAGGCAAUCGAGUUCGGUCGCUAUGUUAACUUUGCUAUAGACAUAUCGAGUGCACUAGACUAUAUUUCGCAAUUUGAAAUUGUGCACUUGGACCUUAAACCUGCAAAUGUGAUGCUUUCAAUGCAAGGUAUUUGUAAACUGACUGAUUUUGGUUGCUGCCAGUAUGCGGAAAAAGACCCCACCACUCCAGUUCGAAGCUAUCUCACGGGUACAUUUGCAUACAGGGCGCCAGAGCUGCUAAAAGGCAAAUCAGCCACCGCAAAGGCCGAUAUUUUCUCGUUGGGUAUAUGCAUGUGGCAAUUUUGGAGUCGGGAAUUCCCUUACAAUGGGAUGAACCAACAUGCUGUGAUUUUCAGGGUUUGUGCAAGUAACUUGAGGCCAUCCAUUCCAAAUGAUGCGAACAUCAACGAUGAAUUUAAAUCUCUGAUGAAGGCAUGCUGGUCUGGGAAACUCGAGGAGAGGCCAACUGCAAAAGAGGUUUGCGUUCAGCUUAGGUCCAUGCUCUAACUGGACCGAUCUGAUUAGAUGCAGAGAAAUAUAUGUGGACCCUUCUCAAGCAAAUCAAAGAGAGGCAAUCGCUUGAUCAGAGAAAAAGAGCUUGACAAACUGUUUAAUAACACACAUUGCAAAUAGUUUUAACUACCUUUUCUCUACUUAUGUAAUUAUUUUAGUAGACUGCAUUUAGCAGCUACCUUAUUUGAAGCCUCAGUGGCAUUUUUAGCGGCGUUAAAUACAAUGGGAAGCUUGUUCAAUGUUCCCCAUACCGAAGAAAGACCAAUCAAUCUCUGUUCCCUGCCUUCCCAUCUUCACUUUUUAUAAGAAUUGGACCGUUUUUAGAUUGGAGAUUUUCUUGGAUAUCUGAGGAAGAGAGUUGAUCUGCUGGCACAAUUAUCUAGGGCUUCUUCAAAACAGCAAGCAUCUUUCUUAAUGUAAAAGGGCUUGGCCAUAAAGCUUGACAAAUCUUGAGAUCAUUUCCUUUUGAAUUGUUAAGGAUGGGUAGUUAGAGGUCACUAACACAAAAACUUCAGCUUGGGCUGAGUUUAACACAGGCUUUGACACAGGCUAGGAUUUCAACCCGUCAAUUAUUUUUAAAUGGCUUAACAUGAUAAAUCUCAAUACGGAUGGAAAUAGAUUCAAGCUAUAUGGCCCAAAUUGAUUACCCAAGACAAUGAGAAAUAUAUUAGCGGGAGGGAGGGGUUGCUAGAAUUGACUGCUUUUCCUUCAACACGACCCAAGCUGAAUCUUAUAAUCCCAACCCUUGUUGAGAUUUGUUCUUCUAAGCCCUAUGAGGGCUUACACGGUCAACAGUGUUGAAACUCACCCCGGGGUAAGAAUUCUGACGUUAACAGCUUCUGGAGGCCGCUAGGAAUGCAAAUCACAGAAUUAAAGCUUGUUUGAAGCUUUGCAUAUCAAUGAAUAAUAUCUUCCCAUAGAAAGGCCCAAAUACACAAAUUGUAUUAAACCGUGCCAGUUUGGCCCAGUGGUGUAGUGCUAGGGGGACUCGGGGGGACUGAGCCCCUUGUAGAUGCCGAAAUCGGCAAAUUUCGACUUUGCUAUUGCUUUCGCAACAUUUUAUGCAAGAACCCGCCUUGUGAUUUUGGUAGCAUUAUACACCCCUGGUUUAGCCAAUGCCGUAGAGGCUGGUCAGAGCUCUCAGAAUCAAUUGCUUCUGCGUAUCUCAGAAUGUAUUUCAGUAUUUUAGUUUUUAAUUGUAUAUUGUAAACAGUUGAUCUUUGCAAAUCCUGUAAUUUGAAUGAAUCCUUGUAGUAUUAAAUAUUUGAAUAUGAAUUAAAAGAAAUAUUAUCAUUGUCGACUUUUUAACCUUCAGCUGACAUACGAUAAAAAUUAUUAUAAAAAGCACGAAAAA